ACCAGCACAAAGAAACCGUCGAAACGCAAAAACGUAAAAUAAUAAUAAAUUUAUUUAUAUUUGUUGGACAAAAUCAAAAUGUCAACGGACGAGGCAACAACAGACGCAAAGGCAGCUAAAAGUACUGAAAUUAAAAGUAAUGAUGACGGAUGUGUGGAUAUGUCGUUUACAAAGGAAGUUCGCAAAGCAACUAAAGAUGUUCAUAAUUUGACGGACGUCCUGAUUAAUGCUAAAUUCGCUUUCGCACUUUCGGAUGAUGAAGUUUGGUACGAUGGACUUUUGGUCUUUUACGAGUUAUAUAAAUUCUUCGAGGCAAACUUGCCCGAGCGUCUGCUUCCUAAGGAGCUUCAUCGUGUAGCUGCCUUUGAACGUGACUUUGCAUAUUUCUAUGGCGCCGACUGGCAGAAGUCGUAUGAACCGCGUCCCGCUGUCAAAACGUAUUUGGCGGCGUUGGAGAAGGUGGCGGCCAAAGAUGAGGUGCUCCUCUUCGCGUAUGCCUUUCAAAUGUAUAUGGCAUUGAUGUCUGGUGGCCAAUUGUUGCAAAAGAAACGCAUGAUUGCCCGUAAGCUAUGGAACUUUCCUAAAGGCAGCUCCGAGCAGAAACAGAAGCAGGCCGAAGCGGAGGCUGCGGCUGCAACCGAAGCUGCUGCAGCUCUCAAUGCGGACGAGGACAAUGAUUUGGUUGCCAGGCCAAUGCCGGAACAGGUUACCAUAUGCCAGGUUGGCUGUGAAGCUACAUACUUUCCAGUAGGAAUUCCCAUACUCAAAAACAAGCUACGGCGUAUAUUCAAUGAGGUCUACGGCAAAUUGGACGAUGAGAAGCGUGCCGAGUACAUCGAGGAGAGUCGCAACCUAUUCCGCAUGAACUUGGAGCUUGUGCGCACAGUCAAGGGUGUGAAUCGUGCCAAUCUGAGAAAGCUGGCUAUUGUUGUUGUCUUUAUAACCGGAAUAUAUGUGGCAUUCAAAUUGGCUGUCAAAUAAUCAAAUUGUUACAAUUCCAGUUAAUCCUUAGUCUACUCCAAUUAUUAUACAUAUAUAUUUAAUUGUUAGAUUCAAAAUAUUUAUAUUUAUACGCUUGUUUGAGAACCGCUUAACCAAAGGCAAUAAAUUACAAGUUAAUCUCGCACAAUUUCCAUUGGCUCGCAAGUUGACCAAGUUUAGUUUAGAGAGACAAUCUUAAAAAGUCCUGCUUUAAAUAAAU